GACUGAUUGGUUCUGUAUGGGGUGAUUGGGGAUGAAAUUGUUUGUGCAUAGCAAAUUAAUAUUGUUAUUAUUUUACAUUUUCAGGAUGGGAAUAACGCUUUCAGUGUAAACUUAAACGACUAAAACCAAAUAGAAAGUAUGUAGAAAAGAUAUGUAGACAGUCAGGACCCCAUUGAUUUUGUUAUAAUGUUUGAGCAUAAGAACGCAGCAUAAAUUUGCUUAAAAUCGGAAUAAUUUCCCUCCCAUUUCAGGACUGCGAAAUGCGCGUCCCCGACAGCGGAAGUUGCAGACAGCCCGUCCGGCGGUGGUUAGGCGAACCGGUGAAAAAAAGAAAAUAACCGUGGUGGAGCGGAAAAAAAUUGCUUUUACGUGGAAUAAAACAGCUAUAUGUCUGUAUCUCGAGUUCUUCUUCCCCAAUAUUCAAAGGUAUUUAUGUUAGCUUUGGAUUACGCCUAGAAAACAUAGGUUACAGCUAGCUAGUAAGCUAAAUUAGCUAGCUAACCAACGUUAGCAUUUCGUAAGGACUCGAUAAGCGGGCCAAGAUAGUUAGCUAACUAUGCUAACAACGCAGUGGUAGAGAAGAGAACUGAGUAUUAAAUAUUAACACAAAUAUACCCAUAAUACCAACUUUACUGAAAAGACCAGCCAACUAGCUGACUGCGCUAACGUUACCUACUAACUAACGUUAGUUAGCAUGAAGUGAGUUGAACACUAACAUAACGUUAACUCGCUAACUUCGCUAGGAACGUUAGCUAGCUAUUAAAUUAGCUAGUUUAUUGGUGUUUCCACUGCUUGAUGCCCUCAGACUGAACAGAACGGACAUAUAACAAUGUCUUAAUGUAACAUGCUCUAAAAAAAUGUUAUCUUACUCUUCCAUAGAUCCCUCUCUAUUGCACCAAUCUGCCGCUCUCUCUUUGUGACUAGAACUGCCUGAACAGCUAGAGAGAGAGUGUGUGUUCCGGACCAGGGUGUCUGUGUGUGUGAAGUAUACACACCCUGUGUUUGCGAGGCCCUGUAGGAGACUCCCCCAGACCCCAGAGUGAGGAUUGUGUGUGAGCCUCUCGCUCCAUAUGUGUGUGACAAUGGGGGACAUCAGUGAUCUGGACAGACAGAUAGAACAACUUAGGCGCUGUGAACUCAUCAAGGAAAAUGAAGUCAAAGCACUGUGUGCCAAGGCCAGGUAAUUAAACACACACACACACAGGCCAUAUUACUGUAACAUUUCUGAUACGAUCUAAAUCUUCAUCACUAAGCCUGUCUGCUUGUGUUUGUGUUACAGGGAGAUUCUGGUAGAGGAGAGUAACGUACAGAGGGUGGACUCUCCAGUUACAGUGAGUAUUUUCAGUAUAGAAGACAUCUUGAUUACUUCGUAGAUCUGCCUAGACUGCCAUUAUUUGCACUUCCCAAUCUGAGCCCUCAUGUUACAUGUGUAAUGUUGGAUGGCUGAAUACAUUAAGGGGGACUGGAAACACACGGCUUUAGAACACCAGCUAACCGUAAAAGCCAGUUUAUACUUGGUCUAACGACAUGUUUGUAGACAAUUAGAAUGCGACAAGUGUCGCUGGUCAAAACAACAUUUCAUUUAUACUCCGGUGGAAUGUCUGUAGACCGUCCUGCGACUGUCAGUUUCCUUGUCGUGCAGACAUGAAAAAAGUUUCUUCUCUGCGACUGUCGGAACGUCUGUUGUCGUGGUUACCGUACUGUCACAGCAACCAGACCAAAUCCUCCUGUGACGAUGAUGCAGUUCUAAAAUUCUCGGAUAGAAUGACCUACUUUUAUUUCGUCACACUGUGGCAGUAAGCUAUUUUCUGUAAGCUCGCCAUAACCAUGUAAAUCAUUAUGUUGUUGUGGAUUUACUUUCCUGUAAUAAUGAAUAAGAUUUACCUAAAGUUUAGACGUUGUCAGCUAUACUCUGGUCAUUAUUUGAACUGGCUAGACAACGGACCAAAACAUUGUUUAGAAAAUUGCUUUUUGCUAGGUUGACAUUUACUGAAUUCAUUUUCAAACGGAUAGGUUUAUUGGUGUUAAAAUAGAGCACCGGGCUGUUGAUGUCAUGCAGAGGCUGUCGUUUUGUGUUUAUACAUUUUCAGACAAUAGAAUGUUCAUGAUGUCGCUAAGACAAUUGUCUACAGACAUGUGGAUAGACUGUAAACCAGCCUUAAUUGUAAAUCGCCAUAUAGGCAUUGUUGCAUCAUCGGUAGGAGUGUUUUGAAAUUCCUGAAUUUACUGAGAUCAUGACCCCUGCAUACAUUAAUGAGCCAUACUUUGCUGGUGUCAAACCAUUUAUGAAAACAUGAUACAUAUUUUGAAAGCUGAGAAACAGCCCUUUCAAAUGAUAUGAUGUCAAUCAAAUGGUAAUCAGUCAAGAAAAACCACCUGUGAAAAUGUGUAUCUUAUACACUUUUUUCCCCAAACAACUGCCAUUUACACAACUUCCUAAUGAAGAUAAAGAAACACUUAGAGUAUAUUGAGUCUUCCUUGUUUUGUAAGGAUUGAUAAUCUGAAAUCAGAAUAGUAAUACCUUUUACUGUGAAUGAGUUACAGCUGUUUUAAAGACCGGUUGUGUUUUUCUAGAAUUUUAUGGAAUGUUCUGUGAUCAGACACUUUCUUAUUUGGAUAGUAUAGUAAACACAUACAUGCACCAAAACAUAUUACAAAUGGCAUUUAGUCUUACAUUUUAUAAGGAAAGACAUUCAUAAGUAAUAAUAAAUAAAACUAUAACUUUAUGGAAAGAAUAAGGUUAGGGGAAUACAUGAUCUCAUUCCACCCUGAAAACAAAGUGCAAGUUACAUCAUGCUAUUUUAACCAUAACAUUAUAUACAACAUUCAUCUCAGGGAUAUUGUCAUCAAAAUUGAACUGGAAUUACUAAAUAUUAUAAGAAUAAGGCAUAUAAUAACUAUUUGCUUUUACAACUUACAUUUUUUCUUACAUACAGUGGGGAGAACAAUUAUUUGAUACACUGCCGAUUUUGCAGGUUUUCCUACUUACAAAGCAUGUAGAGGUCUGUAAUUUUUAUCAUAGGUACACUUCAACUGUGAGAGACGGAAUCUAAAACAAAAAUCCAGAAAAUCACAUUGUAUGAUUUUUAAGUAAUUAAUUUGCAUUUUAUUAUGUACAAGUUAUCAAUCGGCUUGCAAGGUGACAGUUACAUUUUAUUCUCCAAAGGUUUUCACUCUAACAUUUGAGAAAACAUGUAACAUAAUUUCAUAUCUGAUAGUCCAUAAUCCUUAAGAGUCUAUUGACGCACCCGUGAGUCAAUCUAAUUAACAUAAUACACAUCUGCGGUGGAAAGGGGCAGAGCUACAGCACUGUUUUCAGAACAGGAGACAUUCCGAAAAUCGCUUUUCUCAUAAAAACGUCUGUUGCGUCCGAACGGUAAUAUGACCACUAUGGAAAGAUGAGACGCUUAGGAGCGCGAUGGUGUUCACUGUUUUGCUCUACGACCCCCAGAAGCCACACGGGACUCAUCUGAAGUCAGUACCGCCGAUAUGCCAACUUCUAUCUGUAGCGUCCAAACUAUUUGGGCUACAAACUAGUAUGACCCCGCUAUGGAAAGGGGAGACUCCAUUUAGUUUUUCAACACUCUCUCUCUCCCAGAAACACAUACACACUGCUCCCAACUUUAAAAACGUUAAGCACCAAACAGAAUAUAAGGAGCACCAGAAAGAGAGAGAUUUUUGAUAGUUUAGACUAACAUUAGGCCUAUAUGAAUCCUACCUUUUUGAAGCACAUAUCAUCAGUAGUAGACCCUUUUCCUUUCUUCCUGUGCCAAUCAAAUUUGCCUAAACCUAGUGUCAAGAUACCAGGUUGUUAGCUAGCUUGGUAACAUGGCUGAACGUUGUUUAUCAAAACAAUAAUUAGUAGCCCGGGAUUAGUUUGAAACGGCCCACGUCAUGGUUUGUGAAAUUAAUUCAAAUGCGUGCAAAAUCGCGCAGGAGGAGAAAAGUUUGUAUUUUUUUUAACCCUUUGAGCUAGAGACAAGUCAUUUUCUUUGCUGUAAAGCUGCAAGCAUGACUGUCGCAAAGCUGUUUGCUUCUCUGGCACUGCUGUGUGACAGCGAACUUACAAUGCCUAUCAGACUGGCCUGUGCUCUUGGUUUUGCCAGGGAUUCAAUUAUAUACAAUGUAGGCCUAUCAACCUUGCUUGCUCUGCGCGCUGCUCCAAUGUAUCAAAUGUACAAAUGUAACAACAGAAGACUGAUCAGUGUCUGCAUAGCCCCUCGCCAUCACUGCUAAAUUAUAUUUUAAAAACGGAGGAAUAGAUGCGCAGGAAGAGCGGAUGGAGAGAAGCUGGUGAGUGAUGGUUGGAAUGGGAUGCGGCUGGAGGAUUACAGCUAUGCGCAUGAAAGUGAAGGGGACAUUAUUGGACCGGUACUUACAAGAGACUAGUAAGUUGCUGUUGGUUACAUUUUAACAAUUAUAACAGGUGCCAGCGGGUUCUUUAGAUCGGUAGUAUCAAAUUUGGUAGUAUCAUAUGAAACAUCUAAAAUGUUGGUAUCAUAAGUAUCAUGACGUUUUGGUACCGUGACAUUACUGUGGUACCGGUAUACCAUGCAAUACUUCUUCAUAUCUAACUUAAUCAUUAGCUAGUUCGUGUUAGCUAGGUCUAGCUCAUACCUAAUGACAAAUGCUCUUCAAAUUUUCAUAUAAGUAUUUUAGUUUGUAGUUAUCAAUGAAAACAUUUACAUAAAAAAGAUUGACAAAAAGAUUGCUUUUUGUCCGAAUUUCAUUUCACAGACUCAUCAAUUGGAAAAAAUACUCUAAAAUGUACAUAUAAUUACCAACUAAUUGUAUACAGUUUCAUAACUUUAAUAUUGUUGUCCUGAUCUCAAUGACAGCUGUCAAAGUUGAGAAACCUUUCAGGUCCAGUAGAGGUGAGGUGCCUCCCGGUGGCAGCAUUCACUUUCAGUCUCGGUGCCAAAACUCACAAUUUGCUCACUCCUACCAAUGACACAUCGGCGUCAGUCGUUACAAUGGCAAUUCAAGAUGGCGCUACCCAUACCUCUAAUAAACGUUGUUCAAGAUCAAAAUACUAAAAAUAUAGAUUUUUCUAUGUUACAUGCACAUGUUCAGUAGUAUUAGUGUGUUUGCGCAGCUUUACUUCCUGAAUUGUUUCCUUUUAAUUCUCUACAAUUCUCCUUUUCUAUCACAGGUGUGUGGGGAUAUCCAUGGACAGUUUUAUGACCUGAAGGAGUUGUUUAGAGUAAGUUCAGUCUCCUUUCUGUCUGUAUUUCCUGCAUUCCAUCUGUAUGAUUUCUCAGAGUGCUGCUUUGUGCGGUGUCUGUACAGUUCCAUACUCAACAUAUGCACCAUUUGGCUUCAUAAUGCCAUGAACUCCAUGUCAUUUACAUACAUGUCAUAUUCUACUGUGCCAUUUUUGCUGUGUCAUUAUUUAACACUUCAAUUGCGUGUGUGCAAGGUAGGGGGCGACGUUCCGGAGACAAACUAUCUCUUCAUGGGUGACUUUGUGGACCGAGGCUUCUACAGCGUGGAGACGUUCCUGCUGCUGCUAGCACUCAAGGUACUCGAGAGAAGCCAAAUCAGAGCUAUUCAAUUAUUCUGAGGCUAGAUGUUUUCAUUCUUUAGACCGGCUUUUACCCCCUCUGUAGUAGUGUUUCUAAUGCUAUGCAGGGUUGGGGUUUAUUCAAUUUCAACUUAUGUAAAUUCAGGAAAUAUUAUAAUAAUAUGCCAUUUAGCAGACGCUUUUAUCCAAAGUGACUUAGUCAUGCGUGCAUACAUUUUUGUGUAUGGGUGGUCCCGGGGAUCGAACCCACUACCCUGGCGUUACAAGAGCCGUGCUCUACCAGCUGAGCUACAAAUUAUUGGAAAUGUUUUAUACUUCUUCAUUGUACUGUGCGAAGUGUGCCCUUUGUGUCUAGUGCCACUACUAACCUCUCUAUGGGACAAAGUCGGACCUACCACCCCUCUCAUUUGCCUUUUGGCCAGUAGGGUCCCUCUGAAGGACCCAUUCUAACAAGUAACUUACCCCCUCCUCCUCCCACAGGUGAGGUAUCCAGACAGGAUCACUCUGAUCCGAGGGAACCACGAAUCACGGCAGAUCACACAGGUCUACGGCUUCUAUGAUGAGUGCCUCCGCAAGUACGGCUCGGUCACCGUGUGGAGAUACUGCACCGAGAUCUUUGAUUACCUGUCCCUCUCUGCCAUCAUCGACGGCAAGGUGAGCUCCCUGGCCUCUUCAGUCACAUCUCUCUGCUGCUCUCUGAUUGUUAUUUGUGCCAUCUUACCAACUCUUAUGGUCAUGCCAAGGAGGGACGUGACAAUAAACAUAGGAGUUGACAAUACAGCACAAAUAGAUCUGGGACCAGGCUAGAUUGUAAUGGUUAGAUGGCUAGUCUCACUAAAUAGCUAGCUCUAACUGAAACAGCAUGACUCGCUACUAUACUCGCUUUAUAUCUCUCCUGCUAGCUCUGGUUUUCCUCUGUAAUUAAUGCAAGUAACUGUGGAUCGCAAUCACACCCUUCGGUUCAAACAUGUUUUGUUGCUGUAUUGGGAAGAAUGUUUUUAAAGAAACCUGUUUCCGGAAUUGGAUUGUGUAGGGCCUUAACUAUACUGAACAAAAAAUAUAAACAUAACAUGCAACAAUUUCAAAGAUUUUACUGAGUUACAGUUCAUAUGGAAAUCAGUCAAUUGAAAUAAAUUCAUUAGUAUGGAGUGGCGCAGUGGUCUAAGGCACUGCAUCGCAGUGCUAGCUGUGCCACAGGCUCUGUCGUAGCCGGCCGCGACCGGGAGACCUAUGGGGCGGCGCACAAUUGGCCCAGCGUCGUCCAGGGUAGGGGAGGGAAUGGCCGGCAGGGAUGUAGCUCAGUUGGUAGAGCAUGGCGUUUGCAACGCCAUGGUUGUGGGUUCGAUUCCCACGGGGGGCCAGUAUGAAAAAUAAAUAAUGUAUGCACUCACUUAUCUGUAAGUCGCUCUGGAUAAGAGCGUCUGCUAAAUGACUAAACUGUAAAAAUGUGUGACCACCAUUUACCUCAUGCAGUGCAACACAUCUCCUUUGCAUAGAGUUGAUCAGGCUGUUGAUUGUGGCCUGUGGAAUGUUGUCCCACUCCUCUUCAAUGGCUGUGUUAAGUUGCUGGAUAUUGGCAGGAACUGGGACACGCUGUCGAUCCAGAGCAUCCCAAACAUGCUCAAUGGGUGACGUCUGAAUAUGCAGGCCAAAGAAGAACUAGGAUAUUUUCAGCUUCCAGGAAUUGUGUACAGAUCCUUGCGACAUGGGGCCGUGCAUUAUCAUGCUGAAACAUGAGGUGAUGGCUGCGGAUGAAUGGCAGGACAAUUGGCCUCAGGAUCUCGUCACGGGAUCUCUGUGCAUUCAAAUUGUGUUGUGUGACAAAACUGCACAUUUUAGAGUGGCCUUUUAUUGUCCUCAGCACAAGGUGCACCUGUAACGAUCAUGCUGUUUAAUCAGCUUCUUGAUACGCCACACCUGUCAGGUGGAUGGAUUAUCUUGGCAAAGGAGAAAUGCUCACUAACAGGAAUGUAAACAAUUUUGUGCAUGUAGAACAUUUCAGGGAUCUUUUAUUUCAUUUCAUGAAACAUGGGACCAACACUUGACAAUUUGUGUUUAUAGUUUGGUUCAGUGUAGAUUAUCUUUCUCUUUCUCUCAUUGUGUAGAUAUUCUGUGUGCACGGCGGCCUUUCUCCCUCUAUUCAAACUCUGGACCAGAUCAGAACUAUCGACAGAAAGCAGGAAGUGCCUCACGACGGCCCCAUGUGUGACCUGCUGUGGUCUGACCCAGAAGGUAAGAUACUGGUACUGUCCAGAAACAACCCCCUAAAUAACCAUUCCACCCCAAAAAUGUGUAGCUAUAAGCAAGAUGGUGAAAAUUCCAGCAAAAAUAGCAUCUAUGCCCCAACGAAGAGGAAUGAGACAAUUCAAGUAACGACCAGAAUUUCUCUCUCUCUCCCUCCCUCUCCCAGACACCACAGGGUGGGGUGUGAGCCCGAGAGGGGCGGGUUACCUGUUUGGCAGUGACGUGGUGGCCCAGUUCAACGCGGCCAACGACAUCCACAUGAUCUGCAGAGCCCACCAGCUGGUCAUGGAGGGAUACAAGUGGCACUUCAAUGAGACCGUGCUCACUGUGUGGUCCGCACCCAACUACUGCUACAGGUCUGUGUCCUGUCUCCAUCUCUUGCUCGCUUGUCGUCUCGUUUUCUUCUCCCGUCCUCUAUAUUGUGUUAUUUGGACUGCUGAGUUUAUGGCCAAACUCUGCUGUGUAUGCAUGUGCUUUGUUAACUUAUAGCAAUGUUUAGGUCACCAUAGCAACAAUCUCUCUCUCUCCUGCCCCCUUCUCUCUCUCUCUCUCUCUCUCUCUCAGAUGUGGAAAUGUGGCGGCCAUCUUGGAGCUGGAUGAGCACCUGCAGAGGGAGUUCAUCAUAUUUGAAGCCGCUCCGCAGGAAACCAGGGGCAUUCCCUCCAAAAAGCCAGUGGCAGACUACUUCCUGUGACCUCUCACCCUGGAGGGAAUAUGGGGCCUUUGGUCGCGUUCCCCUGCUCAGACGUUGCAUGC